AGAGAGAAGCCUGAGAGGGGAUAACCCUAACCCUAAGCCUAACAUGUUUAUUUAAGUUAGACAUCAACUGGAGAUUAAAGGAAAAAACGGUUGUACAACAGCGAGCGUCAAAAUGACAAACAAAAAUGACGAUGUAAUGAAUGAGAUCAGUUCUUCCUUUAAAAAUAAGGAAGACAUGAUAGCGUUGCUGAAGGCUCUUUUCGUGCAUGGAUAUUCUGACCAUCCCUUUGACAUAUUGCCAGGUAUGUCCACAGAGGAGCAACAUGCUGCAAUUUCAUCAACAUUCCAGCGCAUCGAGAAUGCUGUUAAAGAUAGACCUUUAAUGGUUAAUUGGCUACAGAGCAAAUUAUUCGAAGACAAUGAUUGCAAAGUGCCUCUGGCACUGCUGUUUAUCCAAUUGUAUGAAGAGCGUUCAUCGCUUGAUCAGGAGAAAACAAAAUGUAACUUUAGGGAAAUAUACCACUUUCUUUACAAAAUAACGAUGAAUCAACUCCCGCCGCGGCUCUCGCAGAAAUCUGCUAAGAUUCUGCAUAGAUUGUUGUCAGAAAUAAUAGAGGAGGUGUGGCCAAAUGCACAGCGAGAGCUUGUGAACUAUCUAACCAAAGUGCAAAGUUUCAACAGGCCAGGAAUGAGAAAAGUAUAUUCGAGAAAAAGAGAACGAAACGACGCCGAAAACGAAAGAGCAAGCAAACGGAGGAACUUGUACCUUAGCAACGAAAGUAUUGACCUGGGCUCCGACGUCCUCUAACAAUGUGCCAUCGCGAACCUAAUAACGUAAUGCAAAAAGAAAAAGGAAACGAAAUAAAAAUGUGAUAUUUUAAGAAAAAUAAAAAUUAAUAAAACCUGA